AACAGCUACAAACAUAAUUUAUCUUAAUUCAAAACUUAAACAGCUACAAACAUAAUUUAUCUUAAUUCGAAGUUCUUAUCGCGGGAAGUCUGUGCUAAUUAUGUAAAAUAACGUCACAAACGUAUGAAUUAGCCAGGCCUAACUGAUUAGAUUAGAAUUGGACAAGAAUCGUAUCAGUUACCGAUCAGGUUUUGAGUAAAAAACAGUAUGGCAGAAGGCUACAUGGGCCCUUCUCAUCAUGACAUACCUUUAACUACACUGCCAGAAACAGCUUUCAAAGAGAUUGAAAUUCUCUUAAACAAGAAUUGUUCACCCAAAAAUGACUUGGUGCCUAACUGGGAUGGUUUGGCUGAGCUAAUUGGAUUCAGUUCUAAAGAAAUAUGGACCUUUCAGCAACAAAAAAGUCCAGCAGGUGCCAUGCUGAAAGAAUGGAAAAACAAACCACACCUUACACCAACUGUCGGUAGACUGGUAGAACUCCUGGACAAACUCGGGAGACCAGAUAUUUUAAGUCUCUUCAAGAAGCAGCUUGGAGAAAUCAGAUCCAACAACUCCAAAGAAAUAUCAUAUCAUGAUGUACCACUACAUGCACUGACAUACUCAUUGAGAAAAAAACUUGAAAACUAUUUAGAUGAAGAAUAUUUACUUGUAAAUAAUGUAUCACCCAACUGGGGUGGGCUAGCUGAACUAAUUGGGUUUGACUCCAAUGAAAUCUGGAUGUUUGACAGACAGGUGAGUCCAACCGCUGCCUUGCUGAAAGAAUGGAUGAAACAAUCACAUUUGGAUCCUACUGUAGGGAGACUGUUGGAACUCCUACAUAGGCUUGGAAGAGAAGAUAUUUUAACUGAUUUUAAACAGCAAAUAGACAAUGAUGUAUCAAAAUAUAUAACAAAACAAAAAGAAAUAAAAAAUCCAAUUCAAGACUCAUCAGUGUCAUCUGGGCUUGGAGAAAUUGUUAUACCCGAAUUUUUAUCAUUGCAAGAAGUUAUUCUUGGAAAAAAGAUUGUAUAUGAUGCCUUUGUUUGUUACAAUCCAUAUGGAGAAUGUUCAAAGGAUAUACAGUUUGUGAAAGAAAUGAUCCAAAUCCUAGAAAAUCCGCCCCAUAAUUUUAAACUUUUUGUCCCUUCAAGAGAUGAUCUGGCAGGACUUAACAAAUUCCCAGUGGAUUGUGAAAUCAUAUCAGAAAGAUGCAGACACAUGAUUGUUGUUUUAAGUCCAAACUUUCUGCAGAGUGAAAUCUGUGAAUUUCAGAGCACAUUUGCCCAAUCUCUGUCACCAGCUGCUAGAGACAAGCGCUUAAUACCCAUCAAGAUAGAAGAGUGCAAGACCCCAAACAUCCUGUCAAUCAUGGCUUGCUGUGAUUUCACUAAAAAAGACCUCUGGCAAUGGAGUUGGGACCGGGUGGUUAAAUCUAUUAAAAAACAGCUUACAGAAGAAGAUUUUCAGGUUGAAUCUAGCUCUAGAAGUGAUGCCCCAUAUGAUGAUAAUGUUGGCAGGUCAAGCAGUGCCUUAAGGUCUGGAAGUAAUACUAAAACCGUGUCCAAAGAAUCAAAUCACCAGACACAAGUAGCAGAAUCCCCAAAUGGAAGGAAAAGCACCCAUCACCCUGAAGAGAAGAAAGUAAAAUAUGCAACAACUUGCUUUUGACAGGCUACUUAAGAAGGAACUUGUAUGCUUCAAAUGACAGGAGGUACUUGUAUGAAAUUCAUGCUUCAAAUGACAAGAGAAACUUGUAUGAGAUUCAUGCUUCAAAUGACAGGAGAAAAUUGUACGAGAUUCAUGCUUCAAUGAUAGGUGGAACUUGUAUGACAUAGGUUCUUCAAAUGACAGGAGGAACCUGUAUGACAUAAGUGCUUCAAAUGACAGGAUAAACUUGUAUGAGAUUCAUGCUUCAAAUGACUUGCAUAAUAUAUGUGUAUCAUAAAAGAGGAGAAACUUUUGCGACUUAGACCUACUUGUAUUAAGUGAUCCAGAUACUCCAGGAAUAUGCCUACUCAUACAAAUAGCCCAAUAGGCCUAUAUCAUGUCCUUAUGAAAUCAAAAUGUAAAAUUCUAUAAUGAAAACUAUAACAAAAAAUAGUAAAAACAAAUAAAACUUCAACAUUAAGAUUUAACCAAUGCCAGAGACAGCUAAUCCACUCUGACUUCACUCUACUUCAUCUCCACAUGAAUCCCAGGAUUUGGAAAUUGAUUUUAUCAGUUGAUUUCUAUGUACCUAAUAUUGAGUGUUGUAGAUUAUUCUCAUGAAACAUUAUAUAUAUAUAUAUAUA